AUGAUUCCUAAUAUGGUUUUAGUCAAUCUCAUCGUUUUAACGCAUCGUUUAAGACCAUCAAAUGUCAAAGUCAUUCAUAAUUAUUGUGUUAUUAAAAAGUUUCGAAAAUGUUUUGAUUUCAAAGAAAAAGAUGAAGAAGGAAGUUGUAUGAGUACCACUUUGGAGACUUUUCUACUCGCAUGGUAUCUUGAUCUUUAA